AUGUCUCUCUUCGCGGCCCAGACCGCCAACGCAUGGCUGCUCGAAUUCUGGGGCACCCAAAACGUCUGCUCCAAGCCCAAGGGUAGCGCCGCUGACAGCUCAGCCGGUGGACAGCCCGGAGAAGGCAACGAUUGUAUGAUGGCCUACUACGACCUGGAAGCCAUGCUCGUCAAGGACUGGGAUGAGGGAUGCACUGUCAGGUUGUACAAUGGCAAGGGCUUCAACUGUGAUGGUGACCUCAUCCUCGAGUACACCAAGGAGAAGGCAGCGGAGGAGGAGAAGCUCUCCGAUGACGGAACAUACAUGUGUCUUACUGAUUUGGCUGGAGAGCCUGGACCUUACCAGGCUUCUUACACUUGCGAGUAA